AUGUCCGCGCGGAUGACAACGUACGCCAGCGUGACCUUUGAUCCUCAUGGUGUUUCAAUGAACCUGACGACGGCAUCAGCUGCGGGUGCGGAGUCUUCGGCAGAGAUUGAGCAACUCCGACAGAAGCUGUCGUUGGGUCUGCAAUGCCAGCCAGAGCUGCGGGAGCUGCUCGAGCUCUGCGGUGAAAGCAAUGCAUGGACGGUGGAGGAGGCGAUGCAGCGACCACACACGAUCACCACCAUCGAGCUCUUCCUCCUCCAGGUGCCCCGUGUGCCACUCGUGCAGUCCUUUCCCAACCUGGUGACAGUGAAGUUCAUGAGCAUCGGCCUGGAGUCGAUGGCCGACUUUGCCUCACUCGCCCACGUCGAGGAGCUGUGGCUGUCCGACAACGACAUCCGCGUGAUCGAGGGCUUGGAUAAGAUGACGCGGCUUCGGCGCCUGUACCUGCAGGGCAAUCGCAUCGAGUCGCUCAAUGGGCUGCCGCCGCUGCGCCACCUACGCGAACUGUGGCUGUCGCGUAAUCGGCUGUCCGCUCUCACCCACCUCACCCCUCUUCGAAAACUACGCUCGCUCUACGUCUCCUGCAACCCGCUGGAGAGUCUCGAGAACGCGUUCUCCAAAGACAUGUCACACUUGCACGAGGUGAACCUGAGCGGAUGUCACCUCAGCUCCAUCACUGAGCUCCGCCACCUCCAGCAGCUCCCCUGUCUGCGAAACUUGUGGCUGCUAGACCCGCUCUUUGGCGACAACCCGAUCUGCCGCCUCAACAACUACGUGACUCUGGCCAUCUCCAUGCUGAGCUCCCUCGACAUCCUCGACGGCAACUUUGUCACGUCGGAGCAGCGCUCGGUCGUGGAGUCAGUGCUGCACAGGAAGCAGUUGUACUACGCCAUGCGGACCCAGAUGCUGGACACCCAGAUCACACUUCUUGCGCGUCACGCCGAGGCCUGUGCGCUCCGUCACACCCGGGACUCCGGCAGGGCGUUGCUGAAGUUGAAGUCCUGCGUGCAACCGAUCGAGCACGAGCUGGCUGAGCGGGCCAUCUAUCACCUGGAUGACAAGCACGGCGCCGGCGGCAGCAGCGGAUCGCUCUGCGCAGUGGUGGCCGGCAAAGACAAGAGCGGCGACCACGCCGACGGAGCCCCGCUUGUCGUGCCGACGGCAACCCUUGAAGCGCUCGGACGGCAGCUGUCGCGUGCGAUCGGCACCCGCGAAGUGCAGGAGCGCAAGACGAUGCUGAAGCUGGCGGAGGCAACACAGGCGGCAAAGUUGCAGGCGCAGCUGUUGAGGGAGCGCUUCGCCGUGGAACUGCACACUGCCGGCAAUGUUCGCCUCGAGAACCUCUCACCCGGUCAUGAGGCGUACGUAGCCGCCGUAGAGCUCGUUCAGGAGCGCUUCGACAGCGCCAUCUUUGGCGAGCGCUGUGGGAUUUCGGGGGUGGAGGUGACGUGCGUGCGGCGCAUCCUGAACCGCGGCCUCCGCCUGCGCUUCGAUGACCGGGUGAAGGAGCUGCACGUCGACUUGGCGAACCCGCAGCUGCGCAACCGCUUUGUGGGCUUAUUCGGUAUUGUGCCCGUGACCCAGCAGGCCCAGAGCGCUUGCCUGCAGCACGUGCUGCUGAGCGGAAUGGCAGCGCGCCUCGGAGCGCCAAGCGAAGACAGCAAGAAGAGCGGCGUCGCGAGUCAGGCGGGUAGCACGCUGUACCAGCCCGUGCCCGCAGAGGAAGGCGUGCCCCUUACAAACAGCCUUUUCUACGCCGAUGAGGAGCGGCUGUUGAGCUGCUGUGCCACCACCGGCGGAGCGAACCGUGGCUGUGAGUCAUCGCCGCUUGUCUCGCAGCAGAGCUACAGCACUGCCCCGCUCUCGAGUGGGAGUGAGGCGAGCACGCUGUGCCGCGGUCAGGUGGUGCUCUAUCGCGUGUACCUCGGCAAGACGGUGCACGCCCUCGGUGGCGGCGGCUGUGUAGGGCGCUCCACAUCGCCGCCCGCCUCCUUCCUGAAGCAAAACGGGCGUGUGUGGCGUAAAGACUAUGGCGCUGACACCUGUGCCGCCUACCGCCUCCUGCCAAGCACCGCCACCGCCACCACCCAAGCAGGGGAGAGCGGGAGUGCCAGUGCCCAGUCGUUGCCGUCGCCGUACAUGUGGUACUGCUUCGACCGCGCUCUUCUCCUGCCAGACUGCGUUGUGGAUUACACGUAUAGCAUGCAUAAUAGCCCUCUCACGCAACCCUCGCGAUCACCCACGCCAGCAGGCGGCGGAGCGUCGUGGAUGAGCCGGGCAGAGGCUAUGACGUUGCUCACCGGGCUCCCGCUGCCGCCGAUGGUGGCAUGCGAAGCGAGCAGUGCUGACGCGGACGACAGUCAGCAGAGUGACAAGGGGAUGGACGCCCUCGAGGAUGUCCUACACUGCGGCGAGCCGCUGCUGCAGUUUAUUCGCUGGUGCAGUCCGCCCAGCAAGCACGCGCGCUCCCGCGGCACUGCCUCGCACGGCAACACCCUGCAGCAAGUGGCCGAAAUGGAGACGAACGAGGCUCUGGCGAGUGCGCACAAGGUCCUGGGAAAGGCUUGCAUGGCGCGCCUUCUGAGAAACGGUGCGGUGGACGACAGUGCGGAUGGGGGCGAUGAUCGGAGCAAUGGCGCUGCCGCCAACCCGCUGCAAGCACGACAUGUAGAAGAGUAUGCGGCACAGAUGUGCGUGAACGGGGCACCCCUGUCGUUGUGCGUACUGCGCAGUAGAGGCAUCACAGCUGUCUUACAGGAUUUCGCGUCGCCCCUCUGUGCGUCCAUCACUACGUUGGACCUGGCGCACAACCGAAUCACCUCGGUCUCGUGGUUCGCCUUGGCUAAAGAAGCGCCACAGCUGCAGCGGCUCAACCUCAGCAGCAACGCCCUUUCUCAUCUCCACCUCGACGGCAGUGCUUUGCCCUCACUGCGGUUUCUAGACGUGAGCAGCAACGAACUCGUGAGCGUGACCGACUUCGCGGCGAUUCGCACGACUGCGGGGGCGCUGGAGGAGCUUGUCGUAUACGGCAAUCCGUUUCUGCGGAACGCUGAUGGGCAGGAAGCUGAGGCGCGCCUUUGGUUGUACUUGCUCCCGCCGCCAACCUCAGCGAUGGCGAUGGCGGCAGGCGGCAGCCCGGCCAUUGUGAAGCUGAACGCGCACUCCAUUGGGACGUACCCCGGCACUUUGGCUUCCCAGCGAUUUCGCCGCGCCUGUCUGCUGCCAGGAGGACGCGCGACCCCGCAAAUGACCCGCGUCACCGCCUGCCUUGUGAAGUCCGUCCAGCAGGACGAAGCGCUCGGCCGCGCAGCGGCCGGCCUCUUCUCCAUAGAAGGCGACACGACGCAGGAGAGUUGCUUCGAGCAGGUGGCGGUGCAGCUGGAAAUGUCGGCAGCGGCUGAUGAACUAGAAGCGCACCUCCGCGAGGCAUGCCAGCACCCACCGGCUGUCGAUGAAGCGCGUCCCUGCUUCCCCAGCGAAGCGAUCGGUGGGAGCGACCUGCCGCUGUCGCCGUCGUUGCUGUCGUGCUUGAAUGAGUGUCACACGUUCCGCUGGAGCCACGGCUUGCUGGACGGCCCACGUGGACUCGUGGACCUCUUGCCGAAUCUCUGUCACUUGACGCUGCGCGGCCAGGCACUCACAGAUGUUCAUCCGCUACUUCUCCUGCGUCGACUCGAAAGCCUGAACCUGGCGGAGAACCACCUCACCGAGCUGCCCUGCCUGGAGGAACUUAAGGCGCUGCGCGAGCUAGUACUGGACUUCAACGAGCUAACGACGCUCCCUCUGACUCUUGGGCCUCUUCCGUCGCUUCGCAUGCUCAGCGCCUCCGGCAACAAGAUUGCGCAGGUUGACGUGAACCUCUUUCUGAGGAGCACGAAUGGCACCGCUGCACUCGGCCCGCCCUCCCCUCCAGCCACGGCACCGAAGCUCGAGGCGCUGUACCUCAUGUACAACCGCAUCGCCGAUAUGAACAUCAUUUACGCCCUCCGUGAUGUGCCGUCCCUGCUGAUCCUGAACGUCGCCGGGAACCCCUGCACGGCCCCCCGCGGCGCUGCCGACGAGGACGAAGUGCGGCCGUACCUGAUUCAUGCGUUUCCGCAGCUGAAGGUGCUGGACGGCGUCUCCAUCUCGGCCGCGGAGAUGGCCAAAGCGCGUGAGGUGUACGCCGGGAAAAUCAACGGCGACCUUCUCAUUGAGCGUGCUCGCGGCCCUCCAGAGAUGUGGUCGUCGAUGCGCAGUCUUAACCUCUCCCACUGCUCUCUCAAGGAGGUGAACCUGCUGGAACCCUUUACGUCGCUCGAGGUGCUGCAUCUGCAGCACAACUUGCUCGUGAGCGUCCUUGGGGUGGCCAUGCUAACAGAGCUGACAGCGCUGGACCUGUCGCACAACCGUCUCGGGUCGGCGCCGUGGCGCAACCCGAUCGGCGGUGCACUCAACGCCAACGGCACGGGCGCCCCCGCCGCGGCGGGUCCUAACGGAGCGGCUACGACGGCUCCGGCAGCACUGGGCGACACCCUCGCGCGCCUCAGGCGUCUCCAGUCCCUCUCCCUGGAGGCGAACCAACUCACCGAUCUCAGCACGCUAAAGCUGAGCUUCCCACACUUGAAGUUUCUCAACCUUCGCUGCAACGAGCUGCAGUUCAUUCAGCGCGGGCUGGAAAAUCUGCCGGAGCUGCGUGAGUUGCUGCUGGACCAGAACAAACUGCGCGGCCUUGGCAGCGAUUCCUUUGCCACGAACAAGAGGCUGAUCAUCCUGUCUGCGGAGAACAACGCCUUGCGCUCCGUCGAAGGACUGCAACGGUGCAGAGCACUGGAACAGGUGCGGCUUGGGGCAAACCGGCUGGGCGAUCUGAGCGCGUUGCUGAACGAUCUGCAGUCUUGCCCUUUGAAGGCCGCCGUGCUCGUGGGCAACCCCAUCGCGCGCAAGACCAACUACCGCGCUGCCGUCAUUGCGCGCUUUACGCAGUUAACAGAUCUCGACCGGCGUGUGGUGACGCAGGACGAGCGGGACAAGGCCGCCUCGGCGCGCAUGAUGGAGCUGGUAGCGCCGCCGAAUGUAGUGAUCGACAUGAACUAUUUCGCGGGCAUGGGUGCAGCGCCAGCAGGGUCACCAGGGCUACCGCUGCAGAACGGGUUCAGCAUGAACGGCUUGGCUGGAGCCGCCCUGAACGGCGGAACGGCUUUCUCUUCGCGGGGUCGAGGAGUCACUGCGCCGGUCAACGGAGCGGCGGUGAAGCUGAGUCCCUCUCAGCCACAGUUGACGGGCAUUCGUGCCGCGAUGGUGCCGAACAAGCGGGGCGGGGACGCCGAUCGGCUUGCUGCGAAUCAACGCAUUCGACCCUACCGCCGCUGA